AUGAUGGGGGCUAAAUCACAUUGGUACCUCGCAAUAUUCCUAGGAUCGUCUACGUUGACCCUCGCCUCCGUAUACAAUUCCAAACUCAUCAGCCACGCGACCUCAUCGUUCCUAGUUCACGCCACCACCAGCAUCCUCCUCUACUUCACCUCUCUCACCUCGUUAUCCUUCGUCGCCGCCGAGGACUGGAGACUCAAUGCUCGUCUAAAGCGCGCACACGGCGGCGGCAUCGAGCCCUUCAGGUUCUGGGCCAAAGAGCAUGCAAUCUUCGUGACGCGGGCGACGGGCCUGGUGGCGGGCGCCUACCUCAUGGCGCUCCCGCUGCUCGUCCCAACAGACGACCCGAUUGCCAACCUCUUUUUGCGCAUACCAACCUUCUUUUACGCAUGCAAGUGCUGGGACCUGACGGUCGCGCGGGCGAGGAAGCCGCCGAUCCCGCGCAGUGGGAAAGAGGACGCGAUCUAUGGCCUGACGAGCUGGAGACCCGUCGCCUCGUAUGUGUGGCGGCUUGCUUCGGAAACUAGAUAUGCCUCGUUCGACAUAGCCGUGGACGAGUCUAAGCGGAAGAGCAUUCCGACCAGCCCGGCCCGGACCUACGGCCCUCUGCUCGUCGUCCCCCUGACGUACCUAUUUCCGAUCAUGGAGCUGAAAGUCAUGUGUGGCCUGCUCGCGAUCCAGUACGGUCUCGAGGGCUUCCACUCCAUCCUUCACCCCCGCUGCCCCAACGCGCUGUUUUUCCAGCCGUGGACCGCGGAGAGCUUCACCAGCUUCUGGGCUAUCCACUGGCAUCACGGGGCACAACCGUUUCUGCAGAGCCUCGGGUACGUCCCCGCCACAGCCGUCUUUGCUCGGCUCUUGGGACAAGAUGCCGGCCGGGCGGCUGGUGUGCUCGCGGCUUUCAGUCUCAGCGGAAUCUGGCAUGGGUGGUGCGCUGCCGUCAUGGCAAAGGACGAGUAUGCGUGGGCGCUGAGCGUGGGCGUGUGGGGGGUAUUCAUGGUGCAGGGCGUGGGAUGCGUGGUAGAUCGCUGGCUUCUGAGAAACGAGAGCUGGAGAACGGGGUGGCGGAAACGAAUAGUGACCGCCUUGUCUUGGUUGUGUUCUGUGGAGUCUGCUGCGAUCUGUUUGAGAUACUCGGAGGCGCGAGCGAAGAGACCUCAGGGCUGGACUACUUGGUGA